UCGUAACCGUCGGGAUGGGAGGGUCUCUCUUGUGAAUUUUUUUAUUUUUAUUUUUUAAACCCCGGAUUUCCGCCGAAAUUAAUAUCAUUCUCCUAAUUUUGUGUUUUCGCCGCGGAAUGAUCCAAUCCCUAACCAUCUGAGACUAAACCUACCUCACGGCGGUUCGCGGAAAAUUCGGUCGCUGAGUGUGCUUUCGGUCAAGUGUUAGUGAUGUGUUUGUGUUUCCAAGUUCGGUUACUUUUAUCCUUCGACAAGUGUCAGAGUGUUUUCUAAAUGAUCGGUUAAGUUCGGAUUAUGCCUCUCUAAUUGUGCACUUCGAAAUUUUCGCCAGGAUCUGCAUGAGCUGCUUCUUUGCGGCGUCCUCCAACACAACUUUCAACUGAAACCAGAUAACCUCAAAUUUAGGUUGAGCCGGGAUGUUGUCGUCGCGGACGAAGCACCUGCUGCACUGCGCGCUCCUGCUGACGGUGAUCGUGCUCUUCGAGAUCUUCUCGGGGGGCGUCAAAGUGGGCGACGCCGCCGGGCACGACUUCGACCCGUGGCUCCGCUACGGCGCCCUCGGCUGCACCCUCCUCUACCUCCUCCGCUUCCUGGCCUUCCUCCCGCUCCCGCAGACCCUGGCCAACCUGGCCGGGCUCACCCUCUACAACGCCUUCCCGGACCGGGUCGUCCUCCACGGCUCCCCCCUCCUCGCCCCCUUCAUCUGCAUCCGCAUCGUCACCCGCGGCGACUACCCCCAGCUCGUCCGGGCCAACGUCGAGCGCAACCUCGAGAAGUGCAAUGCCGCCGGCCUCGAGAACUACUACAUCGAGGUGGUGACGGACAAGGCGAUCGGUCUGCCGUCGCACAACCGAGUGCGAGAGACGGUGGUUCCGCCGCACUAUCGGACCAAGUCGGGGGCGCUGUACAAGGCGCGGGCCCUGCAGUACUGCCUGGAGGACGGCGUGAACAUGCUCUCGGACUCGGACUGGAUCGUGCACCUGGACGAGGAGACCCUUUUGACGGAGAACAGCGUGCGCGGGAUCCUCAACUUCGUCAUCUCCGGGCGGCACCACUUCGGCCAGGGCCUCAUCACCUACGCCAACGAGGAGGUCGUCAACUGGGUCACCACCCUCGCCGACUCCUUCCGCGUCGCCGACGACAUGGGCAAGCUCCGCCUCCAGUUCUCCAUGUUCCACAAACCCCUCCUCAGCUGGAAGGGUUCCUACGUCGUCACACAGCUGGGGGCGGAGAAGGCGGUCUCGUUCGACAACGGGCUGGACGGCUCGGUGGCGGAGGACUGCUUCUUCGCGAUGCGGGCCUACAAGGAGGGCUUCUCCUUCGACUUCGUCGAGGGGGAGAUGUGGGAGAAGAGCCCGUUCUCCCUGUGGGACUUCGUGCAGCAGCGGAAGCGCUGGCUCCAGGGGAUCCUCCUGGUCGUCCACUCGCCGACGAUCCCGUGGCGGAACAAGCUCCUCCUCGGCAUCAGCUGCUACUCCUGGGUCACCAUGCCCCUCUCCACCUCCAACAUCGUCCUCGCCGCCAUCUGCCCCAUCCCCUGCCCCCCGCUCAUGGACUUCGCCUGCGCCUUCAUCGGGGCCGUCAACAUCUACAUGUACGUCUUCGGCGUCGUCAAGUCCUUCUCCCUCUACAGGUUCGGCCUGGUUAGGUUUACCCUAUGCAUCCUGGGUGCGCUGUGUACGGUACCAGUGAACAUAAUCAUUGAGAACGUAGCUGUGAUCUGGGGUCUCUUUGGCAAGAAACACAAGUUCUACAUAGUCAACAAAGAGCUCAAACCUCUGCUCCAAGUGUAGCCGCACCGGCCGAUACCAACUGCAACUGCCCAGCCUGAGGCACUGUCCGAUUUCUCGCAGUACCAA